AUGUAUACUUAAGUCCACUAGUAUCUUCCGUCACAAACACACGCGACAUAAUAUUAUGAUGUAAUGUGUUUAGUUUGUCACCGGGGACUUUUUUUUUAUUUUUCUUUUUAUUUAACUUUACAGUACGCUGAAAUAGAAAAAACGUCACUCAGUUUACUGGAACAGCAGUAACAACGAAUGCAUUAUGUAUAAUAUUUACGUUAUAAUAUUAUAUACACUUGUAAAAGCAACAAAUGGGGCAAGAAUAUUGGCAGUUUUUCCUGGGCCUUCGAUUAGCCACCAAGUAAUUUUUCGACCUCUGACACAAGAAUUGGUACGACGUGGUCAUCAAGUUACAGUUAUAACACCCAACCCAACAUUUGAAAAAGGAAAAGGACCAGAAAAUUUAACAGAAAUAGAUGUACAUGAUAUAUCUUACAAAAUGAAAGAGGAUUUCGUAGAAACCGCUGAUUUUGGAAGAAAAGAUUUAGUCUUUGAUCAAAUUAUACAUUUAUUUGAACAGCUAAGUGGUAUCUUUGCAGAUCAAACAAAAUCAUCUGAUGUUCAAAGUAUAUUGAAUGAUAAAAAUAUCAGUUUUGAUUUGCUAUUAAUUGAGGCUUGCGUCAGACCGACUUUAAUAUUCUCGCAUCUAUAUAAAGUUCCUGUUAUACAAGUAAGCUCAUUUGGAAUGAUGCUGGGAAGUGCAGAAAUUGUAGGUUCACCAACACACCCAUUUUUAUACCCAACAAUAAUGCAUCAAAGAUUGUAUAAUUUAUCUUUUUGGGAGAAGAUAGAUGAACUGUAUAAACACCUGAAAAUGAAAAGUAUGUAUGACAGCUCAGAAUUUAAAGAACUGGAAAUGUUUGAGAGCAUUCUAGGAGUUGAUUUGCCUAGUUAUAAUGUAUUGAAAAACAAUGUUGACAUGUUAUUUCUGAACAUCCAUCCAAUAUGGACCGAUAAUCAACCCUUACCUAUGAAUGUUAUUUCGAUAUGGGGAAUACACAAAACUACUCUAAAAGAACUACCCCAGGACCUCAAAUCUUAUUUGGAUUCAUCAAAGAAAGGAGUAAUAUAUAUGAGCUUAGGUUCAAAUGCCCCAUCGUCCAGGUUACCUCAAGAAAUUCUUCAAAUAUUUAUACGAGUAUUUUCACAAUUGCAAUAUGACGUUUUAUGGAAAUGGGAGAAAGAUGAAUUACCUGGCAAGCCUAAAAAUGUGAAAAUAUCUAAAUGGUUUCCACAGUCAGAUCUCUUAUAUCACCCGAACAUAAAACUCUUCAUAACACAAGGAGGUCUUCAAUCAACAGAAGAAGCAAUUAACGCUGGAGUACCGCUUAUUGGUAUGCCAAUGCACGGUGAUCAAUGGUAUAAUGUGGAAAAAUACGCUCAUCACAGAAUUGGUAUUCGUCUUGAAAUGGACACAUUGACCGAAACGCAACUUAAAACAACAAUUGACAAAGUGAUGAUGGAUAAGAGCUACCAGGAAAAUAUUGUAAGACUUCGUAGUUUGCUUAGUGACGAGCCUCAAAAAGCCCUGGAUCGAGCAGUUUGGUGGACGGAGUAUGUGUUACGUCACGGUGGAGCGAAACAUCUUCGAUCACCGGCAGCCAAUAUGUCCUGGAUGGAGUAUUACGAAAUACAAUUUAUAGUAACAAUACUAUUAUUGAUAAUUACAUGCAAAAUUUUCAUAGUCAUAUUCCUAUGUUUUGUAUGGAAAUAUGUGUUACAUAAUUUUAUAAAAAAACAUAAAAUUAAGAAAUCUUGACAGAAAUGCAUUCAAAUACUACAGUGGUACUGCCGAUUUACAUUUGGUUAUUAUUGGUGGUUAUGAAACUCGCUUAUUUAUAUUUUUUAUUUUUUAUUUAAAAUGUUUAAAAUUAUUCAUCUUUAUCAAUAAAAAAGGUUCUAUGGUGUUGCAAAAUUGCUUCAGAGGCUCUGCUACUUCCUUUUUUACUUUUUUUUUAUUAAUGUCUGUAACUGUGAAGAUAUAUUUAAGCUUAUCAGUUGAUUUUCCUUACAACUGGAAUGAAUAGUCUGGCCAAAAUAGUAAUACUACAGCCUUCUUUUUGAAGAAAACUAGUAUUACGUUUGAAUUAGCUACCUGUCAUUCUUAUUUAAGUAUUUUAUAAAUUGAGGAGGUAAACGAAAAUGCGUCUCAGCUCAUGGAUAGUAAAGAAAGACAUAUUAGAGAUAUAGAUUAAAGACGUAUUAUCAGAAAGUUCCUGCAAUGUAGCUGUGCGAGGCUAAAUGUUUUUUGUGAAACAGGCCGAUGUAGAAUACCAGAAAUAAAUGUGAUACGACUAUU